AUGUCACUCCCGGGUGAUUCGGAUACACUAGCCGCUUCUCGAGUCGGCUCCGAAACGCCAACCUCCUCGAUUUUGAGUGCGUCAGAGGGAGGCGGAGGCCAAGAGACAAAACAGGCCCCCUUAUUUUUAAAGGAGGGCUCUGCGGUCAGUGCCAAGUACAGGGGCGCCUUCUGCGAGGCUCUCAUAGAAAAGGUAGAGGUCAACUAUCGCCUCCGUGUUCAACUCAAGCAGAAAAAGGUGUGUGUUUCAGUCGAAAAGGCGAAUGUAGUUUCCGACCAUGUUGAACCAAACGGUGAAGUUAUGGUUUUGUUGAAAAACGAGGAGCAUUCAUCUCCAAAUCCACAGCCUGCGACAGUUCUCAAAAUCACCGAUCUCAGUCUCUACACUGUUAUCUUUGACGAUGGUGAUAAACGCGUUCUAAAACGAACCCAGUUAGUUUUGAAAGGUGAGCGCCACUUCAAAGAAAGCGAAAGCCUCGACCGACUCCCGCUUACGAACCCCGAACAGUUCAAGCAGCCAGUGAUUGACCGUAGUAGGCGCUACCAAUCCAGUCUGGAGGAGGAAGAGGAGGAGGAGGACACCGAGGGUGACCGCGAAAACCUGGACGGGGAAGACCAGGAAGAGGAGGAGGAGGACGAGACUACACUCGCUGAGACCACCUCAGUUGGCGACUCCGAUGCCGGCGGCAAGCCAACUCCCAGAAGGCCACCUCGGCGCAGGUCCGCGGCCCAAGCGGCUUCCUCCUCAGCGACGCCCACAAGCGUCUCCAACCCGCCUGCACCUGCUCCCGAUGACCCAGACGACGCCGGUUACAAAUCUCUUCUUGGUAGUCUGGUCAUGAUCGAUAUGCCCAUUCCGUCCAAAAGUACGUUGUACGCUCGUCUGUGCUUCUACCGCGGUCCUGGAUAUCGCGAAGCUAGCCCCCCUCCCUCACCCCAUGCUCCAUUUUCCUUCUCAGAUGAAGCCCCGCAGUCGACUUUAGGCGCGUCGAACACGAGCACAACGUCGGAGGCGUCCACUCCAUCACGUCGCCGCUACGCACCAGGUCUGGUCGUCCUUCCCUCCGCGAUGCCCUCCAUCGAUCUAAAGGCCGUCCACGCGGCUACCCGUGAUGCCGUUUUUCUUGUCAAGUCUUUCAGGGAGAACCGAUUCUUCGCGGUUCCACGGUCGUGCCUUGAGGUGCUUUCCCGCGCCAAGGCGGUGAAGCUGGCUCACCAAAAUCCGGGCCUUCGUACGGCCUUCGAGCGGGCAAUUCUAUGGCUAGAUCGUCGCGAACUUCCAGCAACUUGGGGCUCCGAUGUGGAAGCGCUGCUGGGACCUGGUUGGCUAAGCGGAGACAACUCCGACGAGGAGUCUCUCGAUGCCUCGAAGUCCCGUCAGCAGUCCACGGCGAGCCGAAAGAAGUCUCGUCCACGUCGACGACAGCGGACGUCGUUUUCAUCGACGGACGCCUCGUCUUCGUCCACAGGCUCCAUGUCCUCCCCCUCCUCCGCGUCCUCCUCUCCGUCAAAUUCCAGCGACGAUGACGACGACGACGAUGGAGCCCCCUCGUCCUCCUCUCGCUCCUCGCCUGGCCACCCAAAACCCAAACGCAGUCGUCGAACCAAGACGGAGACUCCCAAGUCCGCUAGCAGGGAUGCCAGUAAACGCGGUGCGCACCGACGUCAGAGGAAUUUCUCCUUUAGCUCUGAGACUCCGGCGCCCAGCGACAGUGAAGGCGAGGAGAAGGCCGACUCCGACGACUCCACGAGCAGCGACUCACCGGCCAACUUUGAAGCCAGAGACAGGUGGAUUGCGCACCUCUACCGAUUCAUGGACCAGCGAGGCACACCCAUCAAUAAGGCACCGAGUAUAGCGAAUAAGGACCUCGAUUUGUACAAACUCUACCGAAUUGUUCAUCGGUUGGGCGGUUUCCACCGGGUAACUUCUCAGCUCAAAUGGGCCGCCGUCUACUCGGAGAUGGAUUUGCCGCACAACUUCACAGCCGGGCCUCGCAACUUGCAAACAGCAUUUAAGAAGUACCUAUUCCCGCUGGACGACCUCUCUCGAAAGCUCGGCACCAACCUCGACGAAAUCCCCAUUUCUCGACCCCGAAAUCUCAAACUGACGACGGCCCAAGCCCCUGCUAAGACGUCGGGCGGUGGAUCCACGUCGAAACCGUCCACCACUGUUGCUGCUGGUGACUCCGCAGGACUGAAAUUCUCGAAGUCCUCGGACAAGACCCCAACGCCUGGCGCCCAAACGACCAAACGGACGUCCAAGUCAGUCAGCCCUGACGAGGGCAAGAAGGAGCUGACCCAGAAGAAGGCCUCCUCCAUCAAGGACGAUAAGGAAACAAAGGUGAAAUUCCGCCUGAACAUGUCAAUUAUUAACCCCCCAGAGUACCGCAAUCUUGGUUUCCCUGGAACUGAGGCGAAGUCCAAGGUCAGUAGAUCCUCGGCUCAGGCGUCAUCGACACCCGUGGGACAGCGAAAGGCCUCUUCGUCUUCAACUACUGCCGCCAAGCAGGAGGCGUCUGGUGACAAGUCUACUGUGAAACCUUCCGAAAGACCAGAGAAGAAGGCUUCAUCAGUUGCUUCGAAGGAAGAUCGGAAGACAACGACUGCCUCAGACGGCGGCAAAGGUCGGGCCGUGAAGAAAACCUCACCUCCCAGCUCUCUGCCAUCUUCCACGAAGAAGCCUUCCACGCCAGCACCGCCACACGAUUCGAAUCCCGCUCCCAAAACAAGCGAUUGCGCCCCAACUGACAAAAAUACGGUCCACUUACAGCGCGGUCUCUUGGAGGGUUCUACGAUCAAGGAGUCCCACAGUGCCUCUAGCAGUCCUGUUCUACCGUCCUUCGAAAAAGGCAAUGAAAUAAGCCACUCAACCAGUGACAAGCUCACACCUAUCCCCGUUGGUUCGAUCGUGCGAGUUCGUCACAAGGGUCACUCGUACAAGGCCAAGAUCGUGCAGCACAUCCACCCGGCCGGCCAGCCCGAGGGUUUAAAAUCCACUUCCUCGGCCGUAAGUGGCGUCACCGACACCUCCGACGCCAGUUGUCCUUCUCCUCUGACCGCGUCGACCGGUGAAAUUCGAUACCGAGUUCACUACGCCGGCUGGAACGCCCGACACGACGAGAUCAUCUCCCGGGAUCGAAUCCUGUCGGUUAUCAAGGACUUUAGACGGUCUCCGUCGUGCUCAGCGCUGAACCUGUCCGAGAGGGCGUCAUCGUGCACCGAAACUCACUCUGGAUUGGAUGGCGAGGAAGGCGAUGACGGCGCCUUGGGCGAUACAGCCUCUGACACGGGAAUGACCACUCACACAAGGCAGCAACGGCGUCAUCUGGGCACGGCCAGACUCAAGCGACCUCGUAGCUCGUCAACGGUGUGCGACGACGAAGCCGCCGUCGUGAGGAAGGCACCCAGGAUUGCCGAAGACAACAAAGGGUCAGGGACAUUGACUCUGCAGGCAAAAAUUCGGAAACGUCGUCUGCUUGGUUUACGGGGUCGGCGUCAGCCCGUUGUGGAGCUGCUCGUUCCCUUUCAUACUGCUUGGACGCAUUCGUUGUGGGAACGCGGUGCUGUCUCCCCGCACGACGGGCUGUCUUAG